UACAGAAUAUUUUGGUUGAAUUCAAUUGUUUGCAGUCAUUUUUUGUAAACAGUCGACCUCCAUACCACCAAAUUGGAGAAGAAUACUCAUUUUGUCAUUAAAUUCUCGAUAUUAUAUUUUUUUGAUAUUAAAGAAAUUUGCAACAAUGGCCUCUUAUAAGCCAAACGAAUCAAAGCGUGAGGAAUUUAGAAGAUAUCUGGAACGUGCUGGAGUUCUUGAUGCUUUAGCUAAAAUUCUUGUAUCUCUUUAUGAAGAGCCUGAAAAACCAGCUGAUGCUUUGGAAUAUGUACGUAAACAACUAGUUAAUAUGACUAAAGAUAAUACAGAACCUGAGUCUGAUCUAGAAAAAAAAUUAGAAAAUGCUGAAGCUGAGAAUCGGGAGCUCCGAGAAAAACUAGCUAAGUUAGAUUUAAGUGUAGAAGAAUAAUUAUUAGAAAACUUGAUUAUAUUAACUUUGUGCCUUAAAAUUGUUAUGUAUCAUUUGAAAUUCUAUGGUCAUAAAAACAUUAUAUUUGUUCAAUGACUAAA